AUGAAAGCUAUGAUUUUCCUUCGCCAUCAUCUUGAUGAAAGCCUGAAGGUUGAAUACCUAACAGUUAAAGAUCCACUUGAAUUAUGGAUAGGUUUGAAAGGGAGGUAUGACCACCUCAAGACAACGGUAUUGCCAAGGGCUCGUUAUGAGUGGAUGCACUUACGGUUUCAAGAUUAUAAAACUGUAAUUGAGUAUAACUCUGCUCAAUAUCGUGAAAAAGGUUUUCAGAAAUACUCUGAAAUGAUCUCAUGUCUUCUGGUGGCUGAGCAACAUAAUGAUCUUUUGAUGAAAAAUCAUGAAGCCCGUCCCGCUGGAAGUGCUCCAUUACCGGAGGCACACACGGUUGAUGCACACGGCCAGUCUGAAAUAAGACAAAAUAAUCGGGGCCAUGACAAUAUGCGCGGGCGUGACAAAGGCAAAAGACGAUAUAGUAAUCGUCGAGGUGGUGGUCAUAACAAAAGGGAGAACAAUAUAGGUUCUCAGAAUAAUCCUUCUAAAGGAAAGGGCGAUCACUGUCAUCAUUGUGGGCUUAAAGGUCAUUGGAAAAAUAAAUGUCGGGCACCUGAGCAUUUUGUCAGGUUGUAUCAAAAUUCCUUUAAAAGGAAAGGAAAUAAAGGUAGCGCCUCCUCUUCUAAAGCCCGAAUAGAGUCACAUUUGACUCUCAAAGAUGAUAUUCAGGCAGGAUCUUCUCAAAAAUAUAAUGAGAAUGUUGAGGCAAACUUAGCAUUGAAAGAUGAUACUUUUGAUGGGCUCGAUGAUAUUACUCAUCUGGAAGGUGAGGACUUCUUUGGGGAUCGCAACUGA